AGGUGCCCCUUCGAAAAAUCACAUUACAGGACACUGUAGUGUACAUAUACAUAUAUACAUAUUAUAUUAUAUCUAUAUAUAUAUAUAUAUUAUAUUUUUUUACCGUCGAAAUACGAAAUACGAAAUACGAGAUAGAUGACUUUUUUUACAAAAAAUUCAACUGACUGAAAGUGACAAUACGUCCACGACUGUGCCCGCGGAAAUAGUAGACAGAAAGUUGAAAUUUUGUUUCUCUACGAAUUAGGUAGGUUCAACAGUGUUCAACAUUACCGAUGUGUAGAAGAGAUAUGUCAAGAACGCUGAAUGCUUACAGAAUCAAAAAAAUCGAAAACAUUGGUAGAAUGACGGCCAUGACACAGGAAGAAAUUGUGGCUGGCGCGAGGACAGUUGUCCAAGGAUUAGAGGCUCUUCGUGUAGAACACGAAGGUCUUUUGCAGGGGCUACAAUCACAGGAAGCACCGGCUGCCAGAGACAAAGCCGGCUUAUUAUCGAAAAACAUCGAAAUGAUAGAGUUAGGUCUCGGCGAAGCUGAAGUUAUGAUGGCUCUUGCUAAUCACUUGCAAAUGGUUGAGGCUGAGAAACAAAAGCUGAGAACGCAAGUUCGAAGAUUGUGUCAAGAGAAUGCUUGGUUAAGAGACGAAUUAGCUGGAACGCAACAAAAAUUGCAAGCUAGCGAACAAGCGGUAGCCAAAUUGGAAGUAGAUAAAAGACAAUUGGAGUUCAUGGAAAGUAUGAGACAAUACGAUCCUGAUCCUCCCGCUGACGAUGAGAAUGCCAAAAAAGACAUACCAAAAGUUACUCCUGUGAUUGACCUAUUCCCUGAUGAUGAUGCGGACGACCGAAAUAGUAAAUCUAUAACGCCAACACCGGCUUCGCAAUUUGCACAGCAAGUGAACGCUGGAUAUGAAAUACCUGCACGUUUACGUACACUGCACAAUCUGGUUAUUCAGUACGCGGGUCAAGGUCGGUAUGAGGUGGCAGUACCUCUUUGUAAGCAGGCCUUAGAAGAUUUGGAAAAGACCUCUGGCCAUGACCAUCCUGAUGUCGCUACGAUGUUGAACAUUCUUGCUUUAGUGUAUAGAGAUCAAAAUAAAUAUAAAGAAGCAGCUAAUCUGUUGAACGAUGCCUUGACUAUUCGUGAAAAGACACUUGGUGAAUUCCAUCCUGCAGUUGCUGCAACUUUGAACAAUCUAGCCGUACUAUAUGGAAAACGAGGCAAAUAUACGGAAGCCGAGCCAUUGUGUAAACGUGCACUCGAAAUUCGAGAAAAAGUUCUUGGUCGUGACCAUCCGGACGUUGCGAAACAACUAAACAAUCUCGCGUUACUCUGCCAAAACCAGAGUAAAUACGAGGAGGUUGAACGUUAUUAUAAGAGGGCUCUUGAAAUUUACGACACUAAACUCGGACCAGAUGAUCCUAAUGUAGCGAAAACAAAAAAUAACCUUGCAUCUUGUUAUUUGAAACAGGGAAAGUACAAGGAUGCGGAAGUUCUAUAUAAACAAGUAUUAACCAGAGUCCACGAAAACGAGUUUGGUGCUAUUGAUGGCGAUAAUAAACCAAUUUGGCAGGUUGCAGAAGAAAGAGAAGAAAAUAAGCAUAGAAAUAAAGAGAAUGCUCCAUAUGGAGAAUAUGGAGGCUGGCAUAAAGCUGCUAAGGUAGAUGCACCGACGAUGGCGACUACCUUGAGAAAUCUUGGUGCAUUAUAUCGACGACAAGGAAAAUACCAGGCAGCAGAAACUCUGGAAGAUUGCGCUCUGGCGACACGAAUGGAUGCAUUCGAGUUUGUGAAGCAAGGAAAGGUCGCACAGUUAUUAGGGGAGGAAAAAGUAUCGACGAGACGUGGUUCGCGGUCCAGUUUGUCAAAUAGCGAACACGAGCAACACGACGAGGGCUCGCUGCCGCUGGUACAAAGGGCGCUUCACGAAGGACAGUCUGGCCAUCACGACGCUAGUCCUAACAAACCCGGUUUUAAAAACAAGAUCUUUCAAGCUUUCGGAAUUCAUUCUUCCACGUAGGAUUAUCCUUCGUCUGUAGUAUUGUCUGUCGAUUGAUUAUGCCCGGUAACAAAGAUUUUUCGGUAUAAAUCAUUCAAGGUCUGUACUCUUAGGACGAAAGUUGAUAUUUAAACGUGCACUGCGCGAGCAAAGCAAAGCAUAAUAUUUAGGGAUUUGUUUUUUUAAAUUCAUAACGGUCUAACCUAAAUAUCGAGAAAUACUACAAUAUUGCGAAAUGUCCUUAAUGUUCCUUCCUAAAUAGCACGCAUUUAUAGGAGAACGUAUAGUUGAACAUAGGGACAGGCCUUUUUGGCAAUUUUGGGCAUUUUAUAUUCUUUUUCACGAUCAGGUAUUUCCGAUAAUCCAACGAAAGCACAUUGUAACUGCACAUUCUUUUAUUACAUUUACAAGUAUUUCGACCACGAUCAUUGCUAUUUCCAUGACCGUUUUUACAAAGUAUUGCGUAGAAAAGUACUACAACCUUUAUAAAUCUCUUCCACUCGUAAGCUGUGAUAAUAAUACCCUUUGAUGAAUUUCGCUUUCAUUCGUUUCUUUCUUUUGUCUUUAAUGAAACUGACGAUAUAUGUAUCUCGUAUUUUUAAACUUUAACCAGGAUUCGACGGAGGUGCUUUUUAUGGAGCAUUUGUUCUUUACUUUUUCAUUAUUUAUCUAUAAUGAUGAUAACUACUGAAACUUACGCUUGUAUUAUACACAGCUAUAUAGAGAGCGAUUAGAAUAAACAGAACUUCCAGAGAUAAUUAUUUUCAUGAAAAAUUACAAGUCUGCUGUUGUACGUGUUGCUCUUGGCUGAUAGAAAACUUAUCAAUUAUCAAUUGCAUAGAUAAAAUAAUAGCAAUUUUCAGCAAUUGUUUAAAAAAAUCGAUUAACAAGUAUCGCUUUAUAUUUGAGCUAUUUUUCUCAAGCCAAAACACUGUAAAACUACAGUGCUACGCGCAUGAAAUUGAAAUAGCUGAUUUUUGCAGCAGCUUUGCUUAACUAUAUAAUUCAGUAUAGAUCAGCAAAGAUGAUAUUUAAUGUUGUUUCAUGUGCAAGGAAAAUACAUUAUUAUCUCUGUAAUAGAUGUCUCUUAUGAUAUUCUCACAUAUCCUAUGCAGAUUUAAACACACACACACACACACAAAAGUCAGAGUUGCCUAGGUUUAAUUCAUGGAAAUUACACUGUAUUACAUUUUCAAUUACUUUCCAUUUCUGUAACAAAUGAGUAGUAAAGUUAUGGCAUAAGUCUAUUUUAAAACGAUCUCAAAAGCAUGCGAAGGGUGUUUGUAUCCUUCGAGGCACCUUAUAUCUCAUUUCAUUCAUUUUCCAGUACUAUAGAUGAUACGUUAAAUUACUCCAUUCAAACAAGGAAACAAAAUUGUUGCUUUAUUAUUUGAUAUAUUAUAGUAUAAUGUUUGAAUUCGCAAUCGACGACUACGAACUGGAUAAUUUAAUAUAAGUAGUGCCUUGAUACUUUAACAAACGAACGAAUAAAUUAUUUUCCAAACGAAACAAGUUUUUAAUUGUUAUUCGAUUCACAUUUAAGAGUGUAUAGUGUACAGAACUUUUAUAUUCUAUGUGUCUAUUUUUUUUUCUUUUUUUUUCGUUAUAACAUAUUAUUCGUAAGGAAUAUGUUUCCUUUUGCACAAAGCAGAGAAUGCGUAUAGCGCGUUUGUAUUAUUAACUUUCCCUCGCACGCAUUUGUGUUCUUAACUACCAUUGUUACCAGUUGUUUUUCGAUAUCUGCGUUGUCGUUUUGUUUCGCUUUGACUUGAGUACUCUGUGGGCCGGGACUUAGAUAAGGAUGUCGCCGGAGUACAAUUUCGUCUGGACAACAAACAGGACAAAAAUAACUGAUUUCCGUAGAAGGACAGGAAGUAUUUCGUUCGUACUCAAUAAAGGAUACUAUGUAAGAAAUAUACGUAAAAUGUUCAAGUCGGAUCAUGGAAGGGCUCUGCAUUGUUUAGUUGAAAAAACAUUGACUGACGUCCGUUCUUUAUCUGGAUCGUUUAACGUAUACAGCACAUUCCAACUGCUUUUAAUCAGACUCACCAUAACGAAGUACUCGUGUUGCUCGUUUAACUCUAGAACGAUUAUGGCUUCGUGCUAGCGGCUGAUAGUUUGGAAUAGAAAAGGUUGCGAGACGAAUUGAUCUACCCUGCUGUUAACACAUUAUCUGAAUCAAAACCUAAACAGAUCAUAACUACAAUUAUAUCACGACAGACAGAAAUAAACAAGCAAAAGAGAGAAAACUGCAAGCUGUUGACCUAAAAACCGAGAUGGUAUUCAAUAAUCCUCCGCAUCAUACAGAAUGUCGAGCAGUUUCAGACACGUUACCUACAUACAUGUGUGCACGCCUGUUGAAUAGUCCAUAAUACGCGUAUACAUAUCCCUUUCGUUGCUCAUACAUGCUCUAGAAGACGCGAUGACGUGUUAAUCAUUCCAUGAGCUAGCUUUUUGGAUUGAAACUAUUGAACGAUUUACAUUUAUCAUAGGGAAAAAUGUUUGUAUGUCGCUCAGCAUUAAAUGUAUUCUUUACACAUCAUGCACGUUAGAAUUGUGAGAGUAAUAUCGUCAUCCUUUUGGAAAAAGUGAGUGUAACAACCUGAUGGAGAAUUAAGUUUCCUUUCAGUCUUGUCCAUUUUUUGGAGUUGACCAAAGAUAACGAGUGGAGCAGUGGAAAGAUCAUGACAUAACAUUCAUUUUUCUGUCCUAUUUAGAAACUAUAUGUAUAUAUAUGUAUUGGCAAUAUUUAAUUUAUUACUGGAUUUGAUUCUAGCAGGCACGACAAAUACAUAUUAUAGAAUUGCGACAUUAAUCCAGGAAGGAUUUUUAACGCUUCAGUUUAAAUUAUUUCAAAUAUUUUGCAAAAUAUAUUGUUCAAUAUUAUACAAUUUGAACACGAAACAAAUAAUUCUUUCACAUUCGUUUCGUGGUACAUCAUUUACUUUAAAACCAAGGAACAUUGUAACUGGCUGUGAAUGUAAAAUGUUUUAUCGAGUCUGAAAUUGUUUAAUCGUUGCGUAGCUAUGAUAAGACUGAAUGAUGAUCGUUUGAAUUAGUCGAGUCCUCGUGAUAGAUUUAAGAUUUUUUUCAUUUAAUAAUUAAUACCUUUACGGUCUAUUUUGAGAAAUUGACUUUUAUUCAAUACUUGUCAUUGACCUUUUUCAUUGUGAUAAUCUUACUUAGUUACAGUGGCUACUUGCUGUACAAUUUCUUUUAUAUGUGUAAAUUCUAAACUGAGAAGAGUGUAAACUAUUAAAACUUGAUAGAUGAAAACCCAUUGGAAAGUAAGUUGUCGAGUAAUUAAUCCAAUUUUUUUAUAUAGAGUGGUAUGUAAAACUUUUAUUACUGUUCAUGUUACAUUGACAUUUUAAUAAGUUUAGAUAGUACUUAUUAAAAAGACUGUCACAGUGAAUAGGUUCCAAAGAUUUUUAAAACGAGAGAAAGAUUGCUUAACUAUUUCAAAGAUGUCGCACAUGUGUAUAUAAGUUACUUUCACAAAAGUUAAGUGGACUGGUCUAGUUCAAAAGAUUCAGGAUUACAUAUUGAUUAUUGGUACAUGAAUAACCAUGUCACUUAUGUUCAUAGACCUUGUUCUUCUUAUUUGUAACAUACAGACAUAACUCGACCAUUUAGUCCCACUGAUCGACAGUUGUCUUGAUCCUCUUCUUCAUCAAUCUUUCUUAUUGUAUGGUAAAUGUUUUUAUUUUAUUUUCAUGUGUGCUCUCGUUACUUUGAAACAUGCAUUUAUCGAUACAUGCAUAGUGUGCGCCUGGGAGCUUAAAGGCCUAGAACUAGACUUUUAUUUUUUUGAAAUUAAAUUAUAUAUUUAAUGGAGAAUUCUGUUCACUAUUCACUUCUUGCUUGCUACUUUAAUAUUUGCCGGUGUAGAUCAAAUACGCUCCAUACCGGAUUGUCAUGGAUGGCGGUAUGAAAAAGAUCUGUCUCAUAGACAUCUCAGUUUUACUUUGUACUGAAUUUUCAUGUCUAACGGUACCCUCAAAAUGAAACUGUAGACUUUUCAGUAACGUUUCACACUUGACAUUCGUAUCUGGCAAUAUUUGAAAAUUGAUCCAUAUAUUAGUACUGGUUGAGUUAUACAUGCGAUGGUUGAAUGUGGUUCUUACGAAACGAAAGUGCCGUGAAAUCAUUUUUAAUCUUCCAACAACUAAAAUUAUCAAAUAAAUAUUAACUUUCAAUUUCUCAAAUAAUCGAGAUACAAAUUUAUAUGGAACAAUACAAGGAGUAAUAGAUAUGUAUUUAAUUAAUCGUUCUUUUUAACUUUAAGAAUCUCAAAGAAAAUUCCUUUUUUCUGCAAGGAAAGAGUGAAAGAGCUGUGCAAUUUUAAUAUUCUUAUCUUAUUUAUGUUUUUUACUAUUUAAUGGAAAUGUGUCCAGGCUAAGAAGCUCGUAGAAAUCUGAAUCGAGACGAGAUUAUUAUACCAGUAUACUAUACGAAUCACGUAAAUAAGUACCAAGUACACAUAGGCGGCUUGUGCGUUACUGCGUCGAAAUUUCGAUUUUUAGAAGCUCAACCUGGAUACCUUUAAUUUAUCGAAUACUGCGUUUUUAUUGGAUAAUUUGUUUUUGUUUAAAAAAUAAUAAGUUUUUAAACAAGCUGUAGAUCAAGGUGAGCUAUCAAGGUUCUACUUUACAGUUGAGGAAUAGAUGAAGUGAUACAGUAUUAGGAUAAGAUUAGUGUCCCGCGCUCGCUAGUAGUCGAAAGUAGUUUUUUUUUGUUUUAAGCUGAGGUAUUAUAGCUCUCAGGUGCGAGUAUUGUUAUUUAAAUAAUAUGUAAGCUUUGAUUUAUAAUAAAUAUUUCCACUUGUAA